CUAGUCUUUGUAUUGCUAUUUGUUAAACCCAUCUGAUUCACAACUAUAUAAUAACGAUUCGUGAGAGUAAACAGACGCACCAAGACUCAGAGAAAGAGAGAGAUGGUAGAGUAUUGUGUAACAGGAGGAACAGGGCUCAUAGCCGCUUACCUAGUGAAGACCUUGCUAGAGAAGGGGCAUACUGUCAGAACCACGGUGCGGGACCCUGUUGUUCCAUUUUUUCUCCUUCUUUAUUUGACAGGGGAUGUGGGAAAAGUUGGUUUUCUCUUGGAGUUUAAUGGAGCUAAGGAAAGGCUUAAGAUCAUGAAAGCGGAUUUGAGGAUCGAAGGAAGCUUUGAUGAGGUACUACAAGGCGUUGAUGGGGUCUUUCAUGUUGCAUCACCGGUGCUUGUCCCAUAUGACGACAACAUUCAGGCAACUAUGAUAGAUCCAUGCAUAAAGGGCACCUUGAAUGUGUUGAGCUCCUGCUCAAAAGCGAGUGUGAAACGGGUAGUGCUCACCUCUUCCUGUUCUUCAAUAAGAUACCGUGAUGAUGUCCAGCAGGUUUCUCCUCUGAAUGAGUCACAUUGGAGUGACCCCGACUACUGCAAACGCUACAACCUAUGGUAUGCAUAUGCAAAGACUUUGGCAGAGAAAGAAGCAUGGAGGAUUGCUAAGGAGAGUGGGACGGAUCUAGUAGUGGUGAAUCCAUCUUUCGUGGUUGGUCCCUUGCUUACACCACAACCAACCAGUACCCUGUUCAUGAUAUUGGCCAUUAUUAAAGGUACCAGAGGCGAAUAUCCAAAUCAAACGAUUGGAUUCGUGCACAUAGACGAUGUCAUAGCCGCGCACAUAUUAGCUAUGGAGGAAAAGAAGGCAUCUGGCAGGCUUAUAUGUUCCGGCUCAGUAGCUCACUGGAGCCACAUCAUUGAGAUGCUCAGGGCCAAAUAUCCUUCCUACCCAUUUGAAAAAAAGUGUGGCAACGAGAAAGGAGACAACAACCCACAUACCAUGGACACCACUAGGAUUGCUCAAUUGGGAUUUCCUCCAUUCAAGACCCAUGAUCGAAUGUUUGAUGACUGCAUCAAGAGUUUACAAGAGAAGGGAUUUCUGUGAAGUUUAAAAUGUCCUUGACAAACUUUUCCUAAACCUUGCUAGUAGCGCACGCUUAGAAUUACCCGGAGAAUAAUGUACUCUGACCAAUCAGACAUGAAUUCAUGGGUCUCUUUUACCAAUACUUUCUGCUGAACAUUUGAUGUGGAACUCUACUGCAUUCAUCAAUUUAUUGCAAACAAUUUAGAAA